AUGCAGGCCGAAAACGAAUCAAGCCCCUCUCAGGGAGACGAUUCCGAUUCGAUCUCAAGCCUUGGCUCUGAAAUCAAUCCAGAGAUCUGCCAGAAGUGCAUCUCAUCCGUCGUCACCUCGGACCCAUCGACCCUCGAAGGCCAGCAAGAAGGAGCUAUCAUGGCCAUCAAAUCCAUUACCAACUGCAGUGCACAAGAUGAGGAUGACCUCCAACCCCAAGUCGGAGAUCAUGUCAUGGUUCUGCGUUUCGAUGCAGGGAAGCUGGUUAUCGUCAAGAACCUCCGCGGUUUCCUUGCAAGUUGUAUUCCAUGGGCCAACUUCUUCCCUGUGCCGUACUUUGGGAAGUGCAUUUGCUUCAAGGGCCAUUGCCGUUGCAUCUAUGAGAGCGAGGAGGAGUUCUAUGACCGCUGCCCUCACAAUCGGUACAAUUGCGACAACGUUAACGAGGCGGACUUCAACGCUGAAAGCGCCAGUCCCGAUACUCGCGAAGGCCAGUCUAUCGGUGCAAUUCUCACCGUCAAGCAGAAACCUUGGUACCAGUCAGACAUGGGCUCGAUCUUGUUGACUGAAGUGGGCGACAAAGUCAAGGUACUUCAGCACUUCCGGAAAGACUGCUCGACAACCAACCUGGUCAAAGUCAAGAAUCUCAGGACGGGAGGUGAAGGAGUGGUUGGUUGGAAUGCUUUCAGAGCUGUGGGAGCCAGGAUGAUGUGUGGCUGCAAGGAGGCGAAGUGUCAUUGCAUUUAUGAGGACAUUUAUGCCAGCUUGGAGUACAGGGAGAGGAAUAUUUGA